CUAAGAAUUAGUACAAUGCUUUGAAUUUUAAACUCGCGCCUAGCCAUGUUUAAAAAGUAUGGCAGCCUUUUUAGUUUUCUUCAUCUUUGCUUGCCCGGCAGAUGGCGCUGCAGAAGACCUAGUACUAUCGAUGCUUGCCCAUCACUAAUUAAGUAAACAACAAAAUGGUAACCCGGUCGUGCGUCUACAAAGGUUGUGAUUUCUUUCAAAUUUCGAAUUGCAAACAUGGCCGUGUCCUUUUCUCAUGCACAAAGGACCCUGAGCGAGCAAAAAUCUGGCGAGAAAAUGGCAAGGUCCACCCGAAAAUCUCGGCCCAGCAAUUGUUAAUGUGCGCCAAGCAUUUCGAUCCGCUCUUUAUAUCAACUACCAAGAACAGGACGCUGCUAGUGGGAGAGGCGGUUCCGUAUCCGUACGAGCCACCAGACCCAGUUACUGCGGCCGAGCAGGAACUCGAGAUAGAGGCAGAGGUUUUCGAUCAGGUCGCCUCGACUUCGACCUCACAGGAAAACUACUACAUUAGUCUCAACGAUGACGAGCAGAGCAUUAUUACUGUAGAGUCAACCACGAAGAACAAGGAUACAAGGGAUAUCUGCCUGGAAUCUCCAUCCCCCAAGCGCUCAAAAAAAUCACCAAAUUUGACCUCUAUCACGGAUGAACCAUCAGACCCAAAAACCAACGACUCUAAUGAUGAUGCCAUCGAUACUUCCGAAGUGUCACUGUUUAAAUUUAAGGGAGAGCAGUACGUGCAGAUGUCAUUGGAAUUUUAUUUGAAGGAAAAACGCGAAUUGCUUGCCAAAUUGAAAAUCUACAAAGACACCCUGAAGAGUAUUAAGAACAACGUUUCCAAACUGGAUGUGUGACCAAUGACAAAUGAAAGUAUUUUAAUAAAUAUUAUAUUCUUUAUCUUAUGAAUCUUCCUUGUAACAAUAAAACGAAAUCCUAUUCGAUUGAAUCAA